AUGGUUGUCAAUGAUUUCUGUGCUGCUGAAGUCUUUGGUGACAAGACUACCUUGGGUACAGCAUUAGAACAGGGUGACUACUCACCAACAGGUCCCUAUGGCCCAAUUACAUCAUGGGACGUGACAGCAGUUAAAAACUUUGAUUCCAUAAUUAGUAGUCUUUCAAAUGUGGCCACAUUCAAUGGUGAUGUGAGCCAGUGGGAUGUCAGUGGAGUUACUUCCAUGAACUCUGCCUUUUUGAAUGCUGCUGCUUUCAAUGUGCCCCUGACCGACUGGGUUGUUUCAGGUGUUACUAACAUGGCAUCCAUGUUUGAGAGUUCAGGCUUCAACGCUGAUGUUUCCACUUGGGUCACAAGCUCAGUCAACAACAUGGAUUUCUUGUUCAAGAACAAUGGUGCCUUCAACCAACCCGUCAACGGCUGGGACACUUCCAAGGUCACAACCAUGGACUCCUUGUUCUUGGCCAAUGUAAAGUUCAACCAACCUGUCAACGAUUGGGAUGUGUCUUCUGUAACACUCAUGGAUAGACUUUUCCGAGGCUGUACAGUUUUCAACCAGCCCCUGAGCAAUUGGGAUGUGUCCAAAGCAAAUAAUAUGAGGCGAAUGUUCCGGACGUCGGCCUUCAACCAGAACAUCAACAACUGGGAUGUGUCCAGCAACACUGAAUUUACAUCCAUGUUUUAUGAGGCUACUGCCUACAACCAGCCCCUCAACAACUGGGAUACAAGCAUUGGGAAAAAGUUUGACAUCAUGUUCUUUGGUGCAUCACUCUUCAACCAGAACGUCGCCACAUGGGAUGUUGGUGCCGCGACAACCUUUAGUGAAAUGUUUAGUGGAGCUACUGUGUUUGGCUACGAUCUUUGUGCUUGGGGUGACAAGAUAACAGGAACUCCUACCAUCACAUCAAUGUUCGCAAGUACUGCGUGUACUGAAGCUGCGACUCCGGUAGACUUGGGGGCAACUCCAAAAGGCCCCUUCUGUGAAGUUUGUACUCCCUAG